UAAUACCGAUUUAGUCGCACGUCCUUCACGCUCUAUUGCCACCGUCCUUAUGAUUUUAUAAUUUUAGCAAAAUUGAAGAUUCUUGACGACUGUUUGUUGUGACGCGUUCCGUCCAUUCUGACGACCAAUCGGUUUUAUGAUAAGCACGUGUAAAGAAGAUACCCGGUAGCUAGAAGCAAGAACCAUUCAGUAUAAAUAGGCGCUUCUGCAAUCAGUAAGGCAUCAAUCAGCUUCUAGCAACCGUUGUCUGCAGCACACAUUUGCUUCCAAGCCGUCCACCAAAACCACCUAACAAACUAUCAUAAUGAAGGUCUUCAUCGCUUCGAUCGCUCUGGUUCUGCUGGCCGUCGCAGAAGCUUCCUACUUGCCGUACGGAGGUGGAGUUGUCAGCACCUAUGCAACGAGUGUUCCAGUGACCACCUCGGUCGCCUAUCCAUCCUACGGUCUGUACGGAAAGUCGGUCGGUCUUCCGCUUGUCAACAAGUAUGCCUACCCCUCGGUGUACAAUAGCUACCCACUAGUCAACAAAGUCGUGUCAUACUCAGCCCCAGCUAAUGUUGUGAGCUAUGGCGGUUACGGAUAUGGCGGUUAUGGCUAUGGCACCGGAUACGGUUAUGGUGCUGGCUACGGAUUCGGUUAUGGUAAGGUUCUGCCUUCGAAGUACUACUUGUAAGUAGUGUGAUGUAUUUGAAACAUACAAAUUGAACAACCGGAGCAACUUGAAGAAAACAAAAAUGUACAGAAACAGCGAUGUAAAAAACGAGUUUUAAAAUAAAGUUAAAAAUGCAUUAAAAAAGUAAA